CAACCGGAUAGUUUUGACACGUAUUGAUACAGAAAUUUAGCUCGAAAGUAGCUCGAAAUUUAGCUCGAAAGGAGCCAUUCUAAGGAGAAUUUGUUUUUAGACUUUAGUUUAAUUUUCAAAUCUUUUUAUUUCUUUUUUAGCAUACUCGGAAUUUGUAUCUCCUCUUUUCUCUCUCAAACCUCUCUUCUCUGUAUCUAUCCCUUGAAAUUCUCUUCUCCUCUGAUCUCCUUCCCCUCUGCUUCUCAUCCUUGUUCUUCGAUACCAAUAAUUUGGUAUCAAUUGGUAUAGAGCCAGGUUGCUCUCGGCAUGUGGACUGAAUAAUAACAAAGCAUUAGUUGAAGUUUCUACAAUAGAAAACAUAUCGCAUCAGCUGACCAAACAAUGACUCUAUUGGCUGAGAUUCAAAGGCUUUUUCAGAAAAUUAAAAGACAAAUUGAGCUAAAAUCUGAAGAGUCAUGCAAAUACUACUGCAUGCCAUGCUAUGUUGUUUGCUCUAGUGGGAGGUACUAUUGCCUAAACAUGAAAAUCUCUGCUUGUGUACAAAAAUGAUUGAAAACCUGAAGAAUGCUCCAAGAGUGAAGUUGGUGGAGGAAGACAGGAGGGUUAAACUGAUGACUACUUACACUCCGCAGUUUCUGGGGAUACCGGCGGUAUGGACGCAAGAAGGAGGAGAUAGAAACAUCGGGGAAGGAAUUGUGAUCGGCUUUGUUGAUUCUGGCAUUAACCCAGACCACCCCAGCUUUGCUUAUGAUCCCACAACUACUACUAAUUAUACUCCUCAACAUUUUUCUGGAGCAUGUGAGGAAGGUCCAUUAUUUCCUGAAACUUCCUGCAAUGGUAAGAUAGUAUCUGCUAGGUUUUUCUCAGCUGGAGCUCAAGCUAAUGCUAUUCUUAAUGCCUCUGUGGAUAUUCUCUCACCCUUUGAUGCUGUUGGACAUGGCAGUCAUGUAGCUUCAAUUGCAGCUGGAAAUUUUGGAGUUCCGGUGGUAGUGAAUGGCUUGUACUACGGACGAGCAGCUGGAAUGGCGCCGCGGGCAAGGAUUGCAGUUUAUAAAGCUAUUUAUCCAAGCAUAGGAACUCUUUCAGAUGUAUUAGCGGCAAUUGAUCAAGUAAGUAUUACUUGCACUUUCCACCUGUCACUACACAAUUCUCAAAGGUUGCAACCGUCACUUAGCGAGCAUAUAUUCGGCAAAGUAAAAAUCACGGGAUCAUACAGAUCCAAAAAGCUUCACUAUAACAGUAAGGGGGUUACAAAAGUUUUCCAAAUUGAAUACAUAAUAAAUGCCAAACACGGAGCAACAAUAGCAAUAAAAGCAACAACAAAUCAAUUGAAGAAAGAUGAGAAAUUACAAAAACGGAGCUGUUGUUCAGGGCUCGAAAUUGGAUACUACAGGCCUCCGAAUCCGGUCUCCACCAUUCAAAUCAAAGACCAAGAUGUUAGGAGCACUCAGUAA